AUGAGGACAGACACCUGGGGGGGCAUUGGGGGCAUUGGGGACUGCUACAAACACCAGUGCUCCAAGUGCCGCGACUCCUUCCAGGGCCACCCCGUGGGCGGCCAGCAGUGCUACCGGCUGCUGGCCGUGGAGCAGGAGUACUGCCUGGACCCCUGGUCGCAGAGCCACUGCUUCCCCCCGCCCCAGCGGCGCCCGCUGCCCGCUGGCCGCGCCGUCCUCUUCGCCGUCCAGCCCAAGUUCACCAACGUGGACAUCCGGGUCACGCUGGACGUCACCUUCGGCGCCGUCGACCUCUUCGUGGCCACCUCCUACGACACCUUCGCCGUCGACGUGGAGCCCGGCACGGGGCGGCACCUGGUCAGGGUGCAGGGGGUGGGGGGCGCCGGGGGGGCUCUAGGAACUGGCGGGGGCACCUUUGGGACUGGAGGGACUGGAGGAACCAGUUCUGGGACUGGUGGGACUGGUGGGACUGGUGGUGGGACCUUUGGGACUGGUGGAACUGGUUCUGAUGGUGGUGGGACUGGAGGAACCAGUUCUGGGACUGGAGGAACUGGUGGUGGGACCUUUGGGACUGGUGGGACUGGUUCUGGGAGUGGUGGGACUGGAGGAGCUCUAGGAACUGGUGGUGGCACCUUUGGGACUGGUGGGACUGGUUCUGGUGGUGAUGGGACUGGAGGGACUGGUGGAACUGGUGGUGGCACCUCUGGGACGUUUGGGACUGGUGGGAAUGGAGGAACUGGUGGUGGCACCUUUGGGACUGGUGGGACCGGUUCUGGGAGUGGUGGGACUGGAGGAGCUCUAGGAACUGGUGGUGGCACCUUUGGGACUGGUGGGACUGGUUCUGGUGGUGGUGGGACCUUUGGGACUGGAGAAACUGGUGGUGGGACCUUUGGGACUGGUGGGACUGGAGGAACUGGUGGUGGCACCUUUGGGACUGGUUCUGGUGGUGGUGGGACCUUUGGGACUGGAGGAACUGGUGGUGGCACCUUUGGGACUGGUGGGACUGGUUCUGGUGGUGGUGGGACCUUUGGGACUGGAGAAACUGGUGGUGGGACCUUUGGGACUGGAGGAACUGGUGGUGGCACCUUUGGGACUGGUGGGACUGGUUCUGGUGGUGGUGGGACCUUUGGGACUGGAGAAACUGGUGGUGGGACCUUUGGGACUGGUGGGACUGGAGGAACUGGUUCUGGUGGUGGUGGCACCUCUGGGACCUUUGGGACUGGUGGAACUGGUGGAACUGGUUCUGGUCACGGUGGCACCUUUGGAACUGGAGGAACUGGUGGUGACACCGUUGGAACUGGUGGGACUGGGACUGGUGGUGGUGGCACCUCUGGGACUGGAAGGACUGGAGGAACUGGUGCUGGGACUGGUGGCACUGGUGGCACUGGUGGCCCUGGAGCUGCUGACACUGGUCCUACUGGUGUCACUGGUGACCCUGGAGCUCCUGAAGACUCCAACACUGGUCCCACUGAUCCUACUGGUCAUACUGGAGCUCCUGAAGACGCCAGCACUGGUCUCACUGGUCCUACUGGUGUUACUGGUGGCCCUGGAGCUCCUGAAGACUCCAGCACUGGUCCCACUGGUCAUACUGGUGUUACUGGUGGCCCUGGAGCUCCUGAAGACUCCAGCACUGGUCAUACUGGUCCUACUGGUGGCCCUGAAGCUCUUGAAGAUGCCAACGCUGGUCCCACUGGUCCUACUGGUCAUACUGGAGCCCCCGGAGACCCCAGUGCCGAUCCCACUGGUCAUACUGGUCAUACUGGUCCUACUGGUGGCCCCGAAGCUCCUGAGGACUCCAACACUGGUCUCACUGGUCAUACUGGUCAUACUGGUGACCCUGGAGCUCCUGAAGACCCCAGUGCCGAUCCCAGUGGUCAUACUGGUCAUACUGGGAUUCCUGGACCUCCUGAAGACCCUAGAACCUCUCCCAGUGACCCCAGUGGCCACACUGGUCAUACUGGUGGCCCCGAAGACCCCGACGCCUCUCCCAGUGACCCCAGUGACCACACUGGUCAUACUGGUGGUCCCGAAGACCCCGACGCCUCUCCCAGCAACCUCACUGGCCACACUGGUCAUACUGGUGGCCCUGAAGAACUCAACACCGAUCCCAAUGGCCAUAUUGGCCAAACUGGUCGUACUGGUCAUACUGGUGGCCCCGAAGACCCCGACACCUCUCCCAGUGACCCCAGUGGCCACACUGGUCAUACUGGUGGCCCUGAAGAACUCAACACCGAUCCCAAUGGCCAUAUUGGCCAAACUGGUCGUACUGGUCAUACUGGUGGCCCCGAAGACCCCGACACCUCUCCCAGUGACCCCAGUGGCCACACUGGUCAUACUGGUGGCCCUGAAGAACUCAACACCGAUCCCAAUGGCCAUAUUGGCCAAACUGCGCCGGCGCUGCGCGAGGAGCGCGCCCAGGGCCUGGUGACCUACCUGACGGUGCGCGAGCCCGUGCCGGCCCUGGUGGUCCGGGGGGUCCGCGACCGCCUGGUCCUCACCUACCCCCACACCCGGCACCCCCUCAAGUCCACCCGCUUCUACCUGCUGGUCCUGGGCGGGCCGGGGCCCUCGCAGGGGCUCCUCUUCUUCCGGCAGGACCAGGCCCACAUCGACCUCUUCGUCUUCUUCUCCGUCUUCUUCUCCUGCUUCUUCCUCUUCCUCGCCCUCUGCGUCCUCCUCUGGAAGGCCAAGCAGGGCCUGGACGCGCGGCACGAGCGGCGCCGGCACCGCCAGGAGAUGUCCAAGAUGGCCGCCCGGCCCUUCGCCAGGGUCACCGUGUGCUUCGAGCCCCGCGAGCCGCGGCCCGGGGGCCACCAGAGGGGCCGGUUGGGCCACCAGGGUUGGCCGGGUCAACGGUUGGCCAACCGCAGGGCGGAGGAGGGCGGCGACCGCCAGAACCCGCUGCCGGAGAGCCAAAAUCCGGCCCUGGAGGGGCUGAAGAACCCCCCGGGCCACCAGGAGACCCCCCCAGGCCACCAGGAGAGCUGGUUGGGCAACCAAGGUUGGCCAAGUCAACGGUUGGCCAACCGCAAGGCGGAGGGCGGGGAGCAGCCGGACGGCCAAAGUCUGCGGGUGGACCCCCAAAAUCCGCCCCUGGAGACCCAAAAUCCGGCCCUGGAGGGGCCGAAGAACCCCCCGGGCCACCAGGAGGGCCGGUUGGGCCACCAGGGUUGGCCGGGUCAACGGUUGACCAACCGCAGGGUGGAGGAGGGCGGCGACCGCCAGAACCCGCUGCCGGAGACCCAAAAUCCGGCCCUGGAGGGGCCGAAGAACCCCCCGGGCCACCAGGAGGGCCGGUUGGGCCACCAGGGUUGGGCGGGU